AUACCUUGUUGUUUCGCAGGGAGUCUCUGGCUUUGAGGGCCUCGGUGGACCUGAGUAAUUAAAAUGAGCGCCGGCGUGUGAGUUCGCUGCUUCUAUUUGGUUCUGCACGGACACACAAUGUUACAUGAUUCAUUUGAUCUGGCUUUUAAAAAGUAAAAUUUAAAAAAAAAUCCUUUUCUUAAAUAUAUUUACAUUUUAUUUUGACUUUAUGCUUUUGCUCAAUUACGCAAUUUACUUUGGUUGAUUUAUCUGGUAGCUGUUUAUUUAGCAGAUUAUCAUCUAUUUCAUCAAAUAAAAUUAAACUUGUCGUCCUCCUACACCAGAAUCUUAACAUAUUAAUGCAUCGAUAACCAUCUGCACAAAUCCAACAGGGUUAUUUUAUUUUGAUAUAUUUGUAUAAUUACUGCCAAUACCUAUUGACUGUGACCUUGUAAAUGCAUUGUGAAUUACUACUUAUUUAAUUGUAUUUAGUUUAGAGUUUUUUAAAAGAUAUAAUUUAUGAAUGCAAGCUGAGCAGUUUUUCAGGUUAGUUCAAUACUUGAGUUGUACAGUGAACUCAUUAAUUUGCGUAGGCUUUGCUUUGUGGGGAAAACUAGUUGUCUAUUAUUAGAGAAAGCUUUAAUUCUUUGGUAUUAAAGACUUUAAUAAGCAUGUAACAAAUGACACAAAUGCACACAAAUAGAAAGGCUUUCUCACAGCAUUCUCUGGUUUAAAUAAUGAGUAUGAAACCGAAGCCAACAGGAUUAAGGUAAUCUGAUGAAAGGGAAUGUUUCAUCCUCAUACAAGAAGGAACCAGACAAUAAUCUAAUUUAGAUUUCGUUUUUACGUGGAGGCAGUUAUAUCUGUGGAGAAAUACACCCACCUUUUGAUAUAGUUUAGCGGCUCUUUCCUGCUAACGUUAGAUCACUAACCAGAUGCCGGUGAGAGCAAUAAACUCCUGAGUCUUUUUCGCUCCAUCUCUCUCAGGACAGAUCUUGUUUUUUUUUCUUCUGAAUAUCGAUGAAAACAGUUUUAAAAAAAGGGCACCAGAGCCCCCGGAGUCCCGGAUAAACAAAGACUGCUUAUUUGGGUGUGAUGGCUCAAUUCCUGCGACCUUCUGUAUGAGGAUUAAACUUGUCGCCGUCUUAGCGAGGAUUGUUGAGCUUGUUAUAGCGAGUUUUUUUUCCUCAAAAACAACCCUUACAGCAAAGUGAUUAGAGAAAGCUCCUUUAUUUCUUUCAAAAUAUUACAGAAAAACCUUGAGCAACAAGUAAUCCCACAAAACCGCACCUCCCCGAGACCAGCUGGAAUAAAAACAGGGCCUCCGGCACUGUGCAGCACACUGCCAUCAUGUUUCUUCACCAGCUGCUCAACCUUUUCUACGUGGCCUCCAAAAAGGAGGAGGACUCUGAAUACGACCUGUCCCUCUACAAACGUGGGGACCUACUAGAAGUCCCCAGGACCUUAUUCACACAUUUCGGCAUCUACCUGGGGGACAACCGCGUGGCUCACCUCAUCCCGGACAUCCUGCCGGCGAUUUCUAAGGACGCAUCGGCCAUCGCCAAGGCGGUGACCAACGACCGCCUUCUGCUGGGGGCCAUCGCCAAGGUGGCCAGCGUCCGAGUGGACUCGGUGGAGGACUUCGCGUACGGCUCGGUGAUCCUGGUCAACCACAUGGACAGGGUGUGCAGCCAGCCCCCGUUGGACGGGGACGAGGUGGCCAGGAGGGCGCAGAAGUUCCUGGGCUCGGUGACCUACAGCUUGCUGUGGUACAACUGCGAGCACUACGUCAUGUACUGCAGAUACGGCAUGGCCAUCAGCUACCAGACGUACCAGUUCUGCAGGGCAGUGCGCAGGAUCGUGUGCAGCAGGACGAGUGCCUGCCUGACCGCGCUGUGCGGCGUGGGGGUCCUGUUGUGCGUCGGCUGCCUGACCCCUCUGACCCUUUUGUCGACCCUGUUCGUCUCUUUCACCAUCUGGAUGGCGGCCUGACGGCUUCGGGGCGGGAAGUUAUUGGGAAAAUUAAGGUGUUCACUGUAAUAUUAACAUGGGUAUUUUUUUUAGCUUUUUACCUUUUGAGGAUUGUGGUAUUUUUUGUAUCUUAAUGUAUGUUUUAUUUUUCUUUCUCCAAAUAGUCCAACAUCGAGUCUAGUCUCUAUUCAACAGUGAUCUCAUAGCAACGGAUAAAUACUUACUGGGCUCAGUCAGAGAAAUCUGAAGAGAAGAGAUAGAGGACACUUCUCAAUGUUAAAUACUUGGACAAUAAGUGCAAUAAGCUUCUCAUUGGAAUACACUCAAAUUUGUAUAUAUCGUAAACGACAGAUGUGAUGUGUUUGUCGGCCAAUUAAAAAUACAUUU